AUGUCUGCGGUCCAAGUGGAGAAGAAGGUCGAGGAGGAGGAGAGUAAGAAUGUAGAGAAAUCGGGAGAGCUCUUGUUCUGUGGCGGUACGUCUUGGGAUGUCAUUGGUCGGCGCAAAGGCGCCGUCGAAGGCAACUUGAUUUCUCCCACGCGCCUUCGCCCUCUCGUCGGCAUCGAUAUCCGUUUUGUAGCCUCGGGUUGCUGUGAGUUUCCUUCUCACUGCUUGUUUAACGCACUUCCUGCCAUUGUGUGGCAUUGGAUGUGGAAGGGCGUUGCUAUACUUGGGGACGCAAUGAGGCAUGAUCAGACUCUACUUUUGAAGGGGCAGCUGGGUCACGGAGAUUCAAUUCAGCGUGAUAGGCCGACUGUAGUGUCUGAACUUUCAAAGCACAAAGUUGUUAGAGCUGCAUCAGGGAGGAGUCAUUCUGUAGUGAUUACUGAGGAUGGGUAUUCUUUCGCCUUUGGCUGGAAUAAGCAUGGACAGCUGGGUUCCGGUUCAGCAAAAAAUGAAAUUGAGAAAUCCCCUGUUCGCUGUCAAGUGUCUGAUGUUAAAAAUACAGCUUGUGGGGCUGACUUCACUGUGUGGUUAUCUUGUGUUGAAGGAGCUUCUAUACUAACUGCAGGUCUUCCACAGUAUGGGCAACUUGGGCAUGGUACUGAUAAUGAGUAUAAUACUAAAGACAGCUCAGUGAGGCUUGCGUAUGAAGCCCAGCCACGCCCUAAAGCAAUAACUUCUCUGGCUGGGGAAACCAUUGUGAAAGUUGCAUGCGGAACAAAUCAUACAGUGGCAGUGGAUGCAAAUGGCUAUGUUUAUACGUGGGGCUUUGGUGGUUAUGGAAGGCUUGGACAUAGGGAGCAGAAGGAUGAAUGGGCUCCUCGUCGUGUUGAUGUUUUCCAAAGGCAAAAUCUUCUGCCUCCUGAUGCAGUUAUAUCAGCUGGUUCUGUGAACUCUGCAUGUACUGCAGGUGGAGGGCAGUUGUAUAUGUGGGGUAAAAUUAAGACCACGGGUGAUGACUGGAUGUAUCCUAAACCACUCAUGGAUUUAAGUGGCUGGAAUUUGCGUUGCAUGGAUUCAGGCAAUAUGCACCAUUUUGUUGGUGCUGAUUCCUCCUGCAUAAGUUGGGGUCAUGCUCAGUAUGGAGAAUUGGGAUAUGGCCCUAAUGGACAGAAGUCUUCUGCAGUACCCAAAAAAGUGGAAAUUCUUGACGGUAUGCAUGUUAUGAGUGUUGCAUGUGGUAUGGGCCAUUCCAUGGUUAUUGUUGAUAGAACAAAUGUUGGUGACCGGCUUGAUCAGCUUGAUGUAUAUGAUGGCAAAGCUUCUGUUGAAGGGAUUGAGGAACCUGUGAGUGGUCCUCCAGUUUCUAAGCAAACUCCUAAAAAGGGUGCUUCUAAGGCAACUCAGAAUUCCAAGAGGAAGAAGUCAAAAGAUUCUUCCGAUUCGGAAGAUGAAGACGACAAUGAUGGCGACAGUGAGGACGAAGACAGUGAUGAAAGUGAUGAACAGGUCAAUGGCAGGACGGAACCUAAAAGGCAACGGGGAGGGAAGGCUUCUGGUAGAGGUCGAGGCAAUGGUGCUAAAAAGGCAGCACCAGCAGAGGGAAAAGGCGCUGGGCGUGGACGGGGCCGCCCUCCUUCCACAAAUAAAAGCCCAAAGCCCGCACCGGGGAAGACUGGUCCGGGUAAGAGAGGAAGGCCUCGCAAGUCAUAA